AUGGCCUCCUUCAAGAACAGUCACUGGCCGAGCAUGUUCAGGUCCAAGCACGCCGCCGAGCUGUGGCAGACGCAGCCUGACAUCAGCAGCUCGCCGCCGUCCCUCCACCCAGCUGGCGGAUCCACCACCACCGGCCGCUGCCUCAAGCACCCCCUCUCAGGUUACUCAGGUGGCGAGGAGCGGACCCCGGAUCCGAAGCCGCGGUGGAACCCCAGGCCGGAGCAGAUCCGGAUUCUGGAGGCCAUCUUCAACUCCGGCAUGAUCAACCCGCCGCGCGACGAGAUCCCCCGCAUCCGCAUGCGCCUGCAGGAGUACGGCCAGGUCGGCGACGCCAACGUCUUCUACUGGUUCCAGAACCGCAAGGCCCGCUCCAAGAACAGGCUGCGCACCACCACCGCGGGCACCGGACGGCUGGGGCUGGGCCUCGCGCGCGCGCCGGGCCGCGGGGCCGCCGCGGCGGCGCCCGUCACGCCGCCGCCGCCGCCGCAGCCCUUGAUCCAGAACCCAUUCCAGCUGCUCGCCUCGCCCGCGCAGGCGCCCACUUGCUCGUCCUCGUCCUCCUCCGACCGCUCCUCCGGGUCCAGCAAGCCGGCUGCGAAGUCGGCGGCGGGGCAGGCGAUGUCUGCGACGGCGGCGGCGGCCAUGGACUUGCUAGGGCCGCUCGCCGCGGCGUGUCCCCAUCAGAUGUACUACCAAGGCCACCCCGUGGCGCCGGCCACGGCGCCAGCGCACAAGGUGCUGGACCUCGACCUCGUAGCCUCCGACGAGCCCGUCUUCCAGCCGUUGGCGAAGGGCUACUGCUUGUCGGCUGCCGAGGUCGCUGCCAUUCUUGGGGCCGGGGGGCAGUACAUGCACGUGCCCGUGCAACAGCAGCAGCCACCGGCGGCGUUGCCUGCGGGAGCUUUCUUGGGGCUGUGCAACGAGCUGACGACAGAGCAGACCGUCACUGGUCACAGGACAUGCGCCUGGGGCCCGGCGGGGCUCGGGCAGUUCUGGCUCGGGGGCGGCGCUGAUCAUCAUCAGCUCGGCAAGAAGAACACCACCGCGGCGACCAACACAGUGGCAAGGGAGGUGACGCACGAGGACGCCACGAAGCUGGGGUUGCUGCAGUACGGCUUUGGAGCUAGCACGGCCAUGGAGGCGGCGCCUCUUGCUGCAUCGCCUGCUGGCGCCACUGUUACCGUGGCGAGCGUGGCUGCCACUACUGCUGGGCUCACAGGUUUGCCUGCAAGUACUAAUGGUGUCGUCGCCAACUAUGAUCUGCUGCAAGUACGUGUUGUAUCAUCAUAUGCUUGGAUUGUGUUUGUAUGGAUUAAGACUGUCAGUGUGUCGCGUCACAUGAUUAGGUGGUCAUUUCUCUCGUGCUAUAUUGGGUCUCUCUUUCAGUUUGCAAGCACAGUAGCUUUAGAAAAAGACCAAAAUUUGCGAGUUGUUCUCCCCAUCGGGAAACAAAAGCCGUUCUUGAUGGAAUGCUUCAAAGGACUCGCAGUAGUGCCCGGGGCCGGGGCCGGGGCCGUCGUCGGUGUCAGCACCGGCGGUGCGCCAGCUGCCGCCGUUGCCGCUGCGGCCGCGGCGCCCAUGGCGGCGACGCAGGAGAGCGUCGUGGCGCUGUGCAUCACGGACACCGUCACGGGCAAGAGCGUGGCGCACAACGUCGCGGCUGCGAGGCUCGACGUGAGGGCGCAGUUCGGCAAGGCGGCCGUGCUGCUCCGCGGCGUCGGCGAGCGCGGCCUCGACCUCGAGCCCGUCCCCGUCGACGCGUCGGGCUGCACAGUGGAGCCGCUCCAGCACGGUGCCUUCUACUACGUGCUGGUGUAA